GUAACAGCUGGGGAGGGGAAAAGCAACGCAUCUUUCCUCCCUCCUCCUCCUCUUUCCCCCACAAGUAGCUGUACAGCAUAUUUAAAUCCUUUUUAAAAAGAAAAGUUCCCACCUCCCACUCAGUUCAGUAGUGAAUCUCUGCGCAUCCCUCCUUCUUCUGCUUUGAGGCUCUACGGCGAGAAGAAAGGAGCUCAGUGUCUUGUCUCUCUUUCUAACUCACUUGGAUGGAAAGCGGCCAGAUGAGGCUUUGAGAUUUUGGAGCAACCUAAUGCUGACCUCCCAUGACAAGAUGUCUAGGGCUUCAUUGGUGGCAACCAAUGCCAUUUUGUAUGACUUUACAAAUGCCACAGAACUCUUGCCCCACGGAGAGAGCAACCACUCGGUGGAGGAAACGUGGUUUGAAGAGGUCCCCCUCGGUUUGGGGAUCCUCUGUGUCAUUUACGUGACGUACGCCGCCAUCAUCUCGGUGGGUCUCCUGGGCAACCUGAUCCUCAUCAAGGUCUUCUUCAAGAUCAAAUCCAUGCAGACGGUGCCCAACAUCUUCAUCACCAGCCUGGCCUUCGGGGACGUGAUCCUCCUCCUGACCUGCGUCCCGGUGGAUGCGGCCUGCUACAUGGUGGAGACCUGGCUCUUCGGGAGGGUCGGCUGCAAGAUGCUCUCCUUCAUCCAGCGCACCUCCGUCGGGGUCUCCGUCUUCACUCUGACCGUGCUCAGCGCAGACAGGUACAAGGCAAUUGUCAAGCCGUUGGAGCUUCAAAGGGCGGAUGCCGUCCUGAGGACCUGCUUGAAGGCCACUUGUGUCUGGGUCAUCUCCAUGCUGCUGGCCGUUCCAGAGGCUGUGUCCUCCGAUCUGUAUGCGUUCCACCUUCCUGAGAAAAACAGCUCCUUUGAGACCUGUGCCCCUUACCCGGUCUCCGAAAGGGUCCUGCAAGAAGCCCACUCCCUGGUCUGCUUCCUGAUAUUCUACAUCGUCCCGCUGGCCAUCAUAUCCAUUUACUAUUUCCUCAUUGCCAGAACGUUGUACCAGAGUACGUCCAACAUGCCGGCGGAAGAACAAGGCCAUGCUCGGAAGCAGAUCGAAUCCCGCAAGAGGGUCGCCAAAACGGUGCUGGUCUUGGUGGGCUUGUUUGCUCUCUGCUGGCUCCCAAACCACAUCCUCUACCUGUACCGCUCCUUCACAUACCACGCUUCCAUCGACACCUCCGCCUUCCACCUCGUGGCCACCAUCUUCUCCCGGGCCUUGGCCUUCAGCAACUCCUGCGUCAACCCUUUUGCACUCUACUGGCUGAGCAAGGGCUUCCGCCAGCAUUUCAAGAAGGAGGUCCUGUGCUGCAAGCGCAAGGCUCCCGCCACACGCCGCCCAAGCAUCACCCAGAACUACACGCCGACCAGGACGAUGUCGGUGACCGGCUCUGAAAUCAGCGUUACUUUCCUCACGGAUUACAGCAUCACGAAAGAAGAGGAGAGUGUUUAACUUCGAUGAGCAGCGACGGGCUUCACCUCGCAAGGAAGGAAGCUGGGAUCCAGACCAAAACUGAAGCUACACCUGAGUCAGAUCUCCGCAUCUGUAUACUGCCAUGAAAUGCCAGUUAACUGCUUUGAUCUGCAUUUCAUGGCAGUAUAUAAUCCACUUCAAUGCAGUUACAUUGUAUUCUCAAAUGGUGUUAUAUGGCAGCGUAAAUGGGGCCAGAGUCCUCUCAUUGCUCAGAAUUCACAUCCAUGCAUAAGGCAAGCUUUUGUGCCUCCAUGGGUGCAUCUACACUGUAGACUUAAUGCAGUUUGACACCACUCAAACUGCCAUGGCUCAAUGCUAUGGAAUACUUUUACAAUGUCUUUAGCCUUCUCUACCGAAGAGUUGUGGUGUCUCACCAAACUAGGAUUCCAUAGCAUUGAGCCAAAGGCAGUCAAAACAGACUCAAAACGUGUUAAUUUGAUAGUGUAGAGACGUACCCCGUGACAUUAGUCCUUUCUGUACCUAUGAAGUUCUUUUGCCAGGCUGCUGCCCUAAUCCUGCUAAACUUGAAAUCACUGCAGAAGAGACAAGGAAGGUCUUUGGAAGAGGACAACGUUGGGGGAAUACUGCAUGCCAAAGACUGCAAAUGGACAGAGUAUUUCACCACUCCUGAAACACCAUUAAAUCUUUUGAACAGAAUGGACAUCCUUUACCCGGGAUUCCAAAAUAUGCCUGGUCUGAUUGACUGAGACAGUGACCUCUCUGCUUUCCGAUACACACAAGCAUGGCUUCAUGCACAAAACUCUUUAUAAACAUUGUAUAAGAAGACCUUCAGGCUAUGAAACAUAAGUGACUUUUAUGUUUAGACUUGAGUCCCACAUCCAAAAUAUCUCAUGAUGUACAUAUAUGCAAAUACUGUACAAGCAUUCCAAAAAUCAAAUGGCCAUCUGUCGGGAGUUCUUUGAUAAUGUAUUUCUGAUGCUUUGAGGCUGGAUCUACAAUGCUAUAUAGUCCAGUUUCAGAACUCAUAUGAACUGUAUUAAACUGGAUUGUAUGGCGGUGGAAAUCCAACGUAAGUCUCUUUAUGGGAGAGGAACUAUAAUAUUAUUUUUGUAAAUAAUAUAAAUACUAAUAAUAAUAACUGUAUGGCAGGGGGCUGGACUGGAUGACCUUCAAAAUCAGUGAUUCUAUGAAAAAAAUGCAAAAUCCAAAACACUGGAUGCGGGAUAUCCAAUAUGUACAUCCUCUUUUGUUAUGCUUUGGUAGACUAACAUGGCAACUUGUUUGAAAAUGUCUCCAAACUUUGGGUUAGCUUCCCCCUUUCUAGCCCCACUCUUCCAAGCCUUGUUCUAAUUUAAAACAGAAUCAUGAAAAGAACAAUUGCUGCGGCAGUUGGGUACCUUGAAAUGCCACUCGCUCAGAUGCUUCUCACGUUGCUAUAUUGCACGAUUUGAGAGCGAAACCACUCCUGUUCCAGCGUCUCCAUGCUUGCUCCAAAAGAAAAUGCUUGGACCUAGAGGUAUCUCUAAAAGCAAACUGUCCAAAGGUUACCGCCAGUCUGUAUAUUUACAUCAUCCUCUGUUGUAAACUGUUGUCCAUACUUUUCAAAGCUUCCUCAUUCUAGGAUUUGCUCUCUUGGAUUAUUAUUAUUUAUUAGCAUUGUUCCAUUGAUAUAUUUGCUCUUGGGAUUUUGAUCUUGAAACUCGAGCCUUUGCAUGCCUUUCCCACCAAAGAGGAUCCGGUUCAACUUGCACGAUACUGAUCAUGAUUCUUUUUCUAAACAGGAAACGUACUGUAAAUCUGUAUUAUAUCUAUAUAAUAAAAGUAAAAAUAUG